UAUAUAUCCGAGCAGAUCCAGUGUGUCCGAGACGUUGAUCGUUCACGUUCAUUUUUCCUUCAUAACCACAAACAUGGCUUUACCCAGAGUUUUCUUUGACAUCACCAUUGGUGGAAAGCCAGCUGGCAGGAUUAUAAUGGAGCUCCGGUCCGAUGUGGUCCCGAAGACUGCAGAAAAUUUCCGUGCUUUGUGCACCGGAGAGAAAGGUUUUGGCUACAAGGGCUCCUCGUUUCACAGAGUCAUCACUGAAUUCAUGUGCCAGGGCGGGGACUUCACCAGGCACAAUGGAACUGGAGGCAAAUCCAUCUACGGGGAGAAGUUUGCUGAUGAGAACUUCCAGCUGAAGCACACAGGCCAGGGUAUUCUGUCCAUGGCUAACGCUGGGCCCAACACCAACGGAUCCCAGUUCUUCCUGUGCACAGUUAAAACUGCAUGGCUGGAUGGGAAGCACGUGGUGUUUGGCAGCGUUGUGGAGGGGAUGGAUGUUGUGAAGGCAAUGGAGGGGGUAGGCUCACAGAGCGGCAAGACUUCAAAACCGGUUGUUAUUGCCGACUGUGGUCAAUUAUAAACGUGCAUCAAAACCUCCUCAGCUCAGCUUGUUCUCCUGUCAGAGUAAACCUUUACCAUGCACACUUGUUGUGUAACAUUUUGUAUCUUCUCAUUUGUUCUUUAAGGACUUUAUUUGUUAACAGCUGAAUAAAAUGCUGAUGGUGUUAAAAAACUUGAAAGCUCA